AUGAGCGGUAAAAAUGCAUCUCGAAAUAAGGGGAAAGCACAGACAAGCCAUGUGCUUAGAAAUGCUAAAGGCGUUUGUCACAGAUGUGGCUCAAAGGGACAUUGGGCGCGUACAUGCUGUACGCCGAAGCAUUUGGCGGAUCUUUAUCAAUCUUCACUUAAGAAUAGGAAAGUUGAGACAAAUUACAUUGAUCAUGUUAUACCAGAUCAGCUAGCCACAGAUGGCCCAUAG